AGCAGCAUUAUAUAUGAUAACUACUACUACUACAACUAUUAGUUACUUGUUUUUAAUGGAGAACUUCUGAUUUACUGGAUUUUCGUAAUCCAUCUAAUACCUGAUACAGCUCGCCUCCUAUCCCUUUCCCGACCAUAUUGCACCUGUCCCCGUUGAUAUCUUGAUUGCCCCGUUCAUAAAUUUGACGUAAAUUGCCUUAUUUAGAACCGCGGGCACUUGCUCGCAUAAAUAUCUGAGCCGCUUUAUUUGUUUUCCAUACUUUUUGCCUCUUCCCCGGGGCUUUUCCGCUCAUCUGCUCUCUACCUUUGCGGAGAUUUUCCCUCGAAAUAGUUUUACCGCAGUUCAAUUUUGGCGCCCGCGUGGAUCGGUUGUGUGCAGUCGGAGGAAAAUCGUUCGUUUGGCUUUUGGAAAAUGUGCCGUGCAAAGGCGUGGGUUUAUUUUUAGCCAACUUGCUGAUUUCCACACUCGUCGUGCUCCACAAAUCGCAUUGAGAAUCGACAACUGACCAGCUAAUUGCCCAUCGCCAGGCUUUAAGGUCUUUCCACAAGAAGACCGAGCAACUCCAGAAUCCGUGGAAUCGGUUAUAUAAUCCAUGAAAGAUUGAAAUGCCCAGCAAAUUUCAGAGGAAAAGCUCUCCCGCUGGCGGAGGAGGGGCGUCCAGUGUUUCCUCUACGCCGAGCAAUCAGCCCCGGAAACGGGUGAAAAGAUGCUGCCGUAAUUUCGUCACCUUCAUGUGCACCCAGGUGGGCGUGGGCGCCCUGAUCGUCUUCUAUGCCAUCUGCGGGGCCUUCGCCUUCAUGCACAUCGAGCGGCAGUUCGUGGACGAGACGACCGGGCGUGUGCUGGAGCUGCGCCAGAACUGCUCCCAGCAGCUGUGGAGCAUCACGGAGGAGCACAACAUCGUCGAUCGCCGGCGCUGGACGGAGGCCACGAAUGCGGUUCUGCGGGAGUACCAGCAGCAAAUAGCUGGCGUCGUCAAGCACGGCUAUGUGGGCCGGAGUCCGGAACAGAUCUGGAGCUUCCCGGCUGCCCUGAUGUUCUGCCUCUCGGUGAUCACCAUGAUUGGCUACGGCAACAUGGUGCCUCGAACGCCGUGGGGCAAGGGAUUCACCGUGAUCUACGCCACCUUCGGCAUACCCCUUUACAUCCUGUACUUCCUGAACAUGGGACGAGUGCUGGCCCGCUCGUUCAAGUUCCUCUACCGCUCCAUGCACGACUGUACGCAGGAGCAUCCCCGCCUGGAUCGCCUGGACGCCCUCGAGGGAGGUGUCUCCAUGGCGCGCAAGAAGGUCAUUGUACCCUCAACCGCUUGCCUGUGGGUCAUAUUCUUCUACGUUCUCACCGGCACCGUGAUGUUUGCCAACUGGGAGAAGUGGAGCUUCCUCAAUAGCUUCUACUUCUGCAUGACGUCGCUGUGCAAGAUUGGAUUUGGUGACUAUGUGCCCGGCGCUUCGCUGACCACCACGGCGGACGUGAAUGCGGCGACGCACAAGCUGCAGGAGGACAUCGCCGCCGAUCCUGCCGAGCUGGCCCAGCUCCAGUCCGUGGCCGCCGACCAGCAUUCCAAGCUGGCCAUUAACUUUGUCUACAUGCUGCUGGGCAUGGGUCUGGUGGCCAUGUGUCGCAACCUGAUGCGCGAGGAGGUGCGCUUAAAGGCGCGCGAAAUGCGCGAGGAUGCGAAACUCUGCAUGGAAGACACGCGGCUGCGUUUUGUCGGUUGUUGUGGCAGUCCCCGGGAUGCCUACGAGGAUGAUUACUACUAGGAAAGCUAACUCAGGGAUGGGAGGUGCUCUGGAGCGAGGGAUUCUAUAAGAUUUGGAGAAGUUUCUAUAUAAGCUGCCCUAUUUAGAUUAGAUUUGCAACUAUUAUGGGUGUAUAAGUAUACUCUAGUUUUUGAAAAGAAAAUUAAGAAAUUAUAUUUCUAACUAGUAGAAAAAAGAUGUCUGUCAGUGAAUAAGAAAGAUAAUAUUAGGGGGUUUUAGGGAUACUUACUUCUUAACUAUAAUUUGACUACCAGAGAUUGUGUGUGUGAUGUGAUAAUAUGCUGCAAUUGGUCUUUCCAAGCAAGUAACCCCCUCUGAAC